UGUGUGUGUGUUUGUAAGAUGGCCAUUCAUGUGGAAGGACUGCUGGCCAUUGUUAUUUUUUAUUUGUUGAUUUUAAUUGUUGGAAUCUGGGCGGCGUGGAAGAACAAGAAUUCCGGCAUCUCUGAGGGAAUAGACCGCAGUGAGUCGAUCAUGGUAGGCGGGCGAGACAUUGGACUGUUUGUAGGUGGAUUUACGAUGACCGCCACAUGGGUUGGAGGGGGUUAUAUCAACGGCACUGCAGAGUACGUGUAUCUGCCCGGCUCUGGUUUGGCUUGGGCUCAGGCACCGUUUGGUUACGCACUCAGCUUGGUAGUAGGUGGCUUAUUCUUUGCAAAACCCAUGCGCUCAAGGGGUUACGUGACUAUGCUAGAUCCCUUCCAGCAGCUCUAUGGGAAGAGAAUGGGUGGACUUCUCUUCAUUCCAGCUUUACUCGGAGAGAUAUUCUGGUCUGCUGCUAUUUUAUCAGCAUUGGGUGCAACACUGAGUGUGAUUGUAGACAUCAACAUCAACAUGUCUGUUGUGAUAUCGGCUUUAAUUGCUAUUUUCUACACACUGGUGGGUGGACUGUAUUCCGUUGCGUACACUGAUGUCGUUCAACUUUUCUGCAUUUUUCUGGGUUUGUGGAUGAGUGUGCCGUUUGCUCUGUCUAACCCUGCUGUGUCAGACAUCGGUUUUACCGCUGUAAACACAGUGUUUCAGUCACCGUGGCUGGGUGAGAUUGAUCCAUCUGACGGUUGGAUGUGGGCUGAUAACUUCUGUCUGCUUAUGUUGGGUGGGAUCCCAUGGCAGGUGUAUUUUCAGCGCGUUCUCUCUGCUUCAUCAGCGAGUUAUGCUCAAGUCCUGUCAUUCCUUGCUGCUUUCGGCUGUUUAGUCAUGGCUAUUCCCUCUGUGCUGAUCGGAGCUAUUGGGGCAUCCACAGACUGGAAUCAGACGUCAUAUGGUUCAAUUUCUCCAGUGGAAAAGGAUGAAUCUGAUAUGAUCUUACCCAUUGUACUCCAGCACCUCUGCCCGCCCUUUGUUUCCUUCUUUGGUUUGGGGGCAGUGUCAGCCGCGGUGAUGUCAUCAGCGGACUCAUCUAUACUUUCUGCUAGUUCCAUGUUCGCACGAAAUAUUUACCAACUCGCUUUUCGUCAGUCAGCAUCAGACCGAGAGAUUGUGUGGGUGAUGCGGAUCACUAUCUUUGUAUUUGGGGCGUUAGCAACCGCUAUGGCUCUCCUAACUGGCUCUGUUUAUGGUCUGUGGUAUUUAAGCUCAGAUCUAGUGUACGUCAUUAUCUUCCCACAACUCCUCUGCGUGCUCUUCAUCAAGGGUACAAACACCUACGGAUCCGUCGCUGGGUACGUCUUCGGCCUGCUGCUGCGUAUCGGUGGGGGUGAACCGUAUCUCAAGUUUCCACCGUUUAUCUACUACCCUGGCUGGGAAACCAGGGAGAAGGUGCACCAUCUCACCCAGGAAGUGGAAAUCUUUGUAGAACAGAGGUUCCCUUAUAAGACAGUCUCUAUGCUGGCUUCGCUCUUGAGCAAUGCAGCUUUCUCAUAUUUGGCCAAGUAUCUGUUCGAGAGUGGAACUCUUUCUCCGAAAUAUGACUUCCUGGAUGCAGUAGUUUCCAAGCACAGUAAAGAAACGAUGGACAAGACGACCCUUGUCACCAGUGACAACAUCAUUCUGUCUGAAUUGGCACCAGUGAAGCCCAGACACGGAAGCUCUCUCGCAGGAACGUUUAUAAACACAGACGUACUUACUGGCGAGGGAGACAUUAGUCCAGACUUUAAUGAUGAUCAUGAGUAGAGGGUCUUAUUUUCACAUCUCUGAUAAAAGGAGUGAUUCUAAGAUUUACAUUGACAUGUUGAAGACAAAAUCACAGAGUAGAAACCUGGAACUGGAGGAUAUGAGGCCGAAGGGGGAAAAUUGUGCAGUAUUCAUGGAAUACAUUUGUUAUGACAUGACACAACGUUUUGAUGGUAUGUAUGAAACACGCUUCUAUUUUUUAUUUUUGUCCAGCUAAGAGAGCUAAUAUAUUGAUAAACCAUCAGCCACUUAUAUAGUAAUGCAUAAUUACUUAUUUUAAAGGAACAGAUCAUCCACAUAUAAGUGUUGUAAUGAUUUACUCAUCCUCAUUUCAUUGCAAUACAAAAGGAAAUAUGUUCAAGCUGCUCUUUUACAUACAAUGUAAUUGUAAAAAAAGAUUUCACAUAAAAGCACCAUAAAAGUAUCAUAACAGUUUCAUAAAAUCGCUCCAUUCGACUGUAAUCCAAGUUUUCUGAAGCCAAAUAUUUUUUUAUGACAAACAGAAAAAAAUAUAAGUCAUUAUUCAUACAGCCUGA